AUGGGUGGGGAGACCACGGCGCGGCAGGGGGAGGGAAAAUGUUUGGCCCUUAUGAGUAUCGUGCAUUCGAGGCGGAAGGAGGACGGAAGGAAGAACGCUACUGUUUAUGGAAUAUGCAGCGAUGGUGUCGAGUUCUAUUUCCUCCGAAUUGAUCACGACUCUAAGUAUUCGAGAAUUGGUUCAGGACUUGACUGGAACUGGGGGAAAUCGUCCGAGAUCAUAUCCCACAUACGUAACAUUAUGCGAUUAGCGCUUGAAGGCACACCGAUGUCCACGUCGACAAGGGUUGAUCAGUUUCCAUGA